AUGGAGGAUCUGAGGCCUGUUCUGGAAUCCUGGGGAGCAGAUCUAUCGAUCGAUGUUCUGAGGGAAGCAAUCGGACCACCGUGGCGGCCGGUGGCUGGACGGCGGAGGCGGAAUUGCCGAACCUUUGGGCGGCGCGUGAGGGCGCGUGUGGGCUCCGAUAUGGCUGUGUGCGGCGGCUCUGGGACGGUUGUCUUCCGGGCUUUCAAGCGGUGCUCAGAGGUGGAGAUGGAAGCACUUCUUAGCUUUAAAUACAAUCUCACAGAUCAAUCGGGUCGUCUCUCUUCUUGGGUUGGUGAGGAUUGUUGCAACUGGAUAGGCGUUGGCUGUGACAACAACACCGGAAAUGUAGUGAAGCUUGACCUCAGAAACCCAUUUGUUCAGCUUAAUUUUUCUGAUUUUGAUCCUUAUUAUGUACUAUUGUCCAAUAAAGAGAUGGAAGCUUACAACAGUAUUCCAAAAUUUUUGGGUUCCUUUGAGAAUCUGAGGUAUCUCAAUCUCUCUUUCUCAUUGUUUUUCGAAGUUAUUCCUUCCCAUCUUGGGAAUCUUUCAAGGCUCCAAUAUCUAGACCUCAAUUCACAUUCAUUCUCCACCGACUUUAGCUCUCCACAUCCAAGAUUGGAGGUCGAAAGUCUAGAAUGGCUUGUUGGUUUUUCUUCUCUUAAGUACCUUGGAAUGGAUUUUGUAAAUCUUGAGAAAGUACCGGAUUUGCUCCAUGCGAUUAAUGUGCUUCCUUCCUUACGGGAGUUACACCUAGCUCACUGUAAACUUGUUAGUCUUCCGCACUCUAUUUCUUGCAUCAACUUUACAUUGCUUUCAGUCAUUGAUCUCUCUUCCAACCACUGUAACUCCUUCAUACCUCAAUGGUUGUCAGAUGUGAGUGGGCUUUCAACAAUCAAACUUGAGGCCAAUUGGCUUAGAGGUGCUAUUCUAGUUGGUCUGAUACAUCUAGCCAACUUGCAUAGCUUGAAUUUAGCUAACAAUCAGUUAAGUGGGAAGAUAACUGAGUUUGUGGAUGACUUGUCUCAAUGUUCCAACAGUAGCUCUGAAGAUAGUAGGAACUUAUUGUCAUUGCAAGAACUUGUCUUGUCUUAUAAUCAAAUGAACGGAACCAUUCAAGAAAGCAUCAGGAAACUAGCAAUGCUUGUUUCAUUGGACCUUCGUUGGAAUUCUUGGGAAGGUGUCCUAACUGAAGCUCAUUUUCAAAACCUCACCCGAUUAAAAUCUCUUUGGUUGUCUACGAAUGUUUCUGCAAAUUCGACACUAGUUUUAAAAGUCAAACAUGACUGGGUUUCUCCUUUUAAGCUAAUAGACCUUCGAUUAACAAACGUGCGGAUCGGCCCAACCUUUCCAACUUGGCUUAAAACCCAAAAUGAACUCAAUGUUCUUGCGCUUGAGAAUACUGGCAUUUCUGACACCAUUCCACAUGGCCUUUGGAAGUCUUACCCAAAUGUCACCGAUUGGAAUCUAUCUCAUAACAAACUAUGCGGGCAGGAAAACAUUUUUGCUAGAUUUGGGACACCUAGGGCAAUAAUCAAUGAUGGGGGAAGCCACUUCAACAACUAUUCCUUUGCCUCCGUGAUAAAGAAGAAAGCAUGUCAUCUACCAGUGGUAUUGGAACAUAAAGCGUACUGGGCCAUCAAGAAGUUUAACUUUAAUAUGAAGCAAGCUGGUGACAAAAGGAAGCUCCAAUUAGAUGAAUUGGAGGAGCUGAGGAGUGAUGCAUAUGAGAAUGCCAAGCUCUACAAGGAUAGAACAAAGGCAUACCAUGACAAGCAACUGGUGAGGAAGGAGUUUUAA